CUGGAGGGUGCAUGGCUUCCCUGCUUUCUCCAGCACUAGCUGGCUCUGCUCCCAAGGGGCGAGAUGGCGGAUUUGGUUUGGCUGGCCAUACCGUGUUGCGUGAUGUUACAGGGGAACGGCCGUGGAGUCGACAGAGCGUGAGCCGAACGCAGCCCGCACCAUGGCUUCAGUCAGGAGUGUCCCCUAUAGAAACAGCAUGAACACAGAGACCGUCGUGAAAAUCAUCGGGAGCAAAUACAUCCGCUGCACUGUAGAAAAACCCACCGCCACGGGAAAGGAGAGCAUGGAGGUUGAAACUCAAGCUGCACUCAAGAAGUUGCCCCCUUCUAAUACAAGACAGAUACAUGGAAACCCUCCAGGUCUCAGUAACUCUCUUUGUCAACAAAUCAAUUAUGACUUUGAUUAUGCAAGACAGAAUAAAGGCAAACAGGAAGAGGACAAGUCUAAACACGCACGAACAAGCAGCAGCAGACUUUUGGAUGGCAAAGUUUCAAAAUCAUCAAAUAUUCAGUGCGUCAGUGUUCCCUCAGGAGACCAGACUUUGUCCUAUAUUCACGUCCUUCAAAAGCCAUUUCUGAGAGUUCAGGCUUUAGGACAACAAGUAGGAGAGCACCAGGUUUUCAACCAAGGUCCAGCAGAGUCACCGGAGGAAGACGAUUCUCUCCUGACUCUAGUCAGAAAUGAAUUUGGACGGGCUCCUUUUAAUUUGGCUUUGUUGGAAGAAGUGCUGAGAGAUCUUAAGGCUCUGGAUCCCUCCUUCUCAGGCUUUCUUCCUCAGUCUCAGCUGAGCUGUCUCCUUCUGAAGCAUGAAGUCCCUCUACAAUUACCGACUGUCAAGCUUCUUUUUGAGAGGUUUUUCAAAGCAAAUGACUCUGAACUGGUGAAUUAUGACAAGCUGGUUCAGUUUUUAAGACUAGCUGCAGCAAUUAAAAUGCAGAAUAUCGAGACAUGUGCUCCGGGUCUUCAAGUAAAGAGUCUAACUGCAAAGGAUCAAAGCAAAAGCUUUCUGACUUCCGAAGACCCAAUACAGACCUUGAAGCAAGCAAUAAGGGAACGUAAAGCGGAACUGGACAUAGAAAAGCUGAGCUUAAGUUUUCAGAAAGAAGACAAGUCCUCUUCAGGCCUUCUCUCAUUUUGUAAAGUUGAGAUGAUUUGCCAGAAGCAUGGAUUAGUACUAACUCCUUUGUUGCUGGAAGCUUUGUUCAAGAAACACGAGUUGUGCACAGGAGGCAGAGUACAAUGGAGGAAGCUUGUGGAGUUACUCAAGGAAGCUCACUCAGAUAUGGCCUCUAAUUUGUCUCUUCCUGCAGGUGAAAUCAAAGAAGAAACCUGUGAUGGUCUGGCUACGCACCCGGAAAAAACAAAAGGCCACAAAAUGCCAGCUUCUGAGACCUGGAUUAAAAAUGACAGCUCUACAGAAGGCAAAGAAAAACAAGUAGCACAGUCCUUCUUUGGUCCGGCUGGCUCCAGUGAUUGUGAAGAACAAGACACUUGGAUAGACCGGUUCAGAAAACUGGAGAAAGCUCUUUAUUUGUGUGACAUAAAAAACACAGGCAUGCUGGAAAAGGAAAAAGCAAGGCGCCUGAUCCACAACUAUAACCUCAUCUAUGAUCUUGCUCUGAGUCCCUUGAAAAUUGAUCAGGCCUUACGAAAUUUCCGUUCUGGAGAAAAUAUGCCACUGCAACCGGUGCUGCAGUAUUUAAAGGAGUUAUAACAAGAAGCACUUAUAAUACGGCUUUCAUUAGUUCAUUUCUCCCCCACUGACUAUGAAAUGUGGGUGAUGUGCUAGCUGCCCAACAGAAUUCUUAAUAAUCCCCUGUUCUGGAAAAGACAUGAUGCAAGAUUAGUGACAGCUGCGUCUUUCACCUGAGUGAAGCUGUAUUAAAGCUGCUUUGUUUGAAAUUAAGCCAGGUAGCCACAUAGAAUCACGGUUUUCCUCCUGAUACUUAAAGAUCAGCUCAGUCUUCACAACUGGGAGGCAGGUGCAGUUGUGAAUUGCAGACACCCCACAGCCUGAGUAUAUUAGUGUCCGGGAGUGUGACAAGUCUGCCCAUUAUAAAUAUAACAGCAUUUGCGUGAGAGACUAAGUUUGAAUUUUAAACACCAUGAAAGCAUUCAGUAGAUGUUCAAAUCUGGGCCACAUCUCUAUUAAUUAUAGUGAUCAUCAGACUUAAUAAAGAAUCAGUUGUCAGAUGA